AUGCGUUUAGGCGACGUCGUUGGUGGGACAAGGGUGAUGCAGUACGAUCUAGGGAAGAUCAUCGACAGACAGACCCAGCGCACAUCGAUCCCGAAGAGCCCGCAUCAUCUGCUUAGCACGGCCCUAUCGUCCCUACAAGAAAGGCAUGAACCAAACGAGGAAGUCUAG